CAUAUGUGCCGUGUUGUGUUUCAAUAAGAUGUAAACAAAGCUACUUGUGUGUGGUGUGCUGUCUCAAGGUCUUCCUUGUGGAGCGCAUGUUGUCUCAUAAUUGCAUCUCGCCACACUAUCCCGAGCCAUGAUGAAUUGUCAUGUCACAUAAGAUCACAUGCAAUGGAUUGGCUCGGCAUCGAUCAAAUACAUAGAUUUACAGAUUAGUCUUCAAGUAUCGAAAAGGAGGUCACUUUUUGAGGGAGGACAGAACUUACGAAAGAAGGACUGUCCUCCCUAAAGGAGGAUGAUUGGUCACCUUAUUAUUAAUCAAAGCCAAACAAUCGUAAUAAUGAAACAGGUUCAUUAUUAUUGCCUGAUUCAUUAAGGUGAUCAUUUGGCUUUUACUUUUCUCAAUUUUCAAUAAAAUUUGACAACUGUUCUUUGCUCCGUUUUCAAUUUUCUGAUGACAUGCAUAAAACUAUUAUUACUCUUUCCAUCAUAAAUCAUGACCAAAUUUUAUCAGACAAGUUUCAAUUUGCACUUGUUGUAACAAGCAUACACUAAUAAAUCUAACCAUGUAUAUUAUUUUGGCCUCUUAUAUUAAUACUAAAUGUAGAGUGCAUUCAGUAUCAUCAUUUAAUUGGCACACUGUAAAUACAAAAAGGCUGUUAAUCAAGCUAUCCAACAAUUAUUUGCUGUUAUUCUUGAACAAUGUUGCAAAGUGUGAUCAAUUUUUCUAUUAUAAAAAUAUUUACUGAUCAGUUAUCUGCAAACACAUUGUUAUAAUAUAUUUUAAUUAGUAAAUUAAUUAAUAUUGUUAUUUUUGUCUUAUCAUUUUUUUAUUCUGCAUGUUUGAAGAUGACAUUAUCAGGAAAAUGUCAGAUAGUCUUGAACAUCAAGACACCUGAUGAGAUUAAAGAAGAAUCAUGGACUGCAGUAACUCUCAUCAAGGAAUUGAACACACCAGAGUCAUCAAUAAUGUGGUGUGCGGAAAGGCGUCUGUUGACAAAUGAACGCCACUGCACCUCGUGCAGCAAGUCGCUUUGUUUGACGGCAAAUAAGAGUGUCAUUGACAAAUAUCAGUGGCGUUGUAAGAAGUGUUCUGUUGUAGAAUCCAUUCGUAAAAAAUCUGUCUUUCAAAAUUGUCAUUUAACUAUUUUACAAAUUAUAAUAAUUAUGUAUUUUUGGUCAAGAGAGUAUCCGUCCAGAAUAGCUGCAGUGGAAGUUGAAGUGAGUAAAAAAGUGGCCAUAGAUUGGUAUAAUUUCUUUAGAGAUAUCUGCAAAAAUUACUUUGAUUCCCAUCCAGUUCAGUUAGGAGGUUUGGAUGAUAAUGGGUUUCCAAAGGUAGUAGAAGUGGAUGAGACAUUUAUUUUCCAUAAGAAUCAUAAUUGUGAACAAACUAAAAAUGAUAGAAAAUGCGUAUUUGGAGGCAUCGAACGUGAUUCGCGAAAGUGUUUCCUAGUGGAAGUACCAAACCGGAAAGCUCAAACACUUUUUCCAAUUAUAGAACAAUAUGUAUUGCCUGGAAGCAGGAUUAUAUCGGAUGACUGUUCUGCAUAUGCCAAAAUUGGCCAAAUAAAUGAUGGGAUAUAUCAGCACGAUAGCGUCCACGAACGAGAUUUUGUGGAUGGCAUAGAUCCAGAAAUCCACACUCAACACAUUAAAAAUAUGUGGUCAAGAGCAAAACAAAAAUUAAAACAUCAAUAUUAUAAAAAUACCAAAUUAUUUCAACCUUAUUUAUUAGAAUUUCAAUGGCGAUGUUUGUUUAAAACUCAUGCUUUUGAAAACUUUUUAAUGUGUGUUUCAAAUAAAUAUCCAUGUUAAUUUUUUAAUUGUCUUUUUUUAUGAUGGAAUUUGUACAUCUUAUAUGUGUUCAAUAUUGAUCAUCUGAUUUAUCCCAGUCAAGAUUCUCCUAAAUUAAUAGCUAAUUAGAUUUCAGUUUGCAUCAACAUUAUUUGAUGAUUCUCCAUUUACUUUUAAGUAAUGAACAUAACAAUGACUAUAGAGUAAGUAAAAGUUUAUAUUAUAUUUAAUAUUCAUAAAUCAUAUUUAUAUAUUUUGAAUAAUUGUUGUUUUUAACAUUUCAUUGGCAAUUACAUAAAAUAUUAUUUAGAAAGCUGAUUUGGUUGCCAAACAAAAUGUUUACUGGUUCUAACAUAUACAUUAGCUUUUUUGAAGUAAACAAACAGCAAUUGAUGGCAAAAGUAGAUCAUUUACUACAAAUUAUGGCCAUUUUUCAUCUACAUUAAAAACAUUAUGUAGAUCAAAUGUUACUAUUUUAUUUUAUACCAGGGCUGUGGAGUCGGAGUCGUGGGGUUUUGGUGUUUUAGCCGGAGACGGAGUCGGUAGAUUUUUACGCGACUCCACAGCCCUGUUUUAUACAAGUAGAAAGGAAUACGUUUCUAUUAGAAGAAAAAUUAAGCAAUUUAAAGUUAGAAAUUAAAAUAAUAUACUAAAUUAAUAUCUCAAGGUACACGCUAGCCUUAUAUUUCUCCCAGCAGGAUGGAAAAAAUUAACAUAAAUGUGAGAAAACUAAGACAAAACAAACUCAUUUGGUCUACUACUAAGACCUGAAGCAGGUCUUAGAAGACCAAAUAAAUAAUUGAUUUUAAUAAUUAUAUAAUAUAAAUUUAGGAUUUUUAAUUUUUCCAUCCUGUAAGGUUAGUGUGUUUGUUAUUUUAAUUAACUGCCUGGUUGCUAUAAGAUUAGAACUUUAAAAUUUAAUAUUGUUUUGUCUUUUGGGCAUUAGGAGGGCCUUUUAAUACGCACAUCAUGGAUUUGGCUGGGUCUACAAUGAGACAGCUGCAUGAUUAGAAAUAAAGUCAGACUACCCAUGAAAAUUCCAUAGGAUCUAACUCAGACUCAAAUCUUGGUCCUUCAGAGUGGCAGUUACAUAUCUGAACCACUUCAAUCACAUUCAUUAAAUUUAAUUCAGCUUUGAUAUAUAAAUCCAUGAUUCUUAACCUGUUCAUGUCUUAAUGAAUUCUCUUGUUACAUUUCAAGUAAAAUGACACCAAGCAUGAUCCCAGCUGUAUUAAAUCUUGUUGUAUAAACAUCUGCCAAGAUUCUACAUUAACUGAUUUUAUUGAUCAAAAUGUAUAGCAGUAAAUUUUAACAGUACAGAAUAGUUAAUAUACAAUUGAUUGAAAGAAAUAGCAUUUUCUUCUGCCUCUGUAUUAAAUCAAAAUCAUUCUGUUAUGAGCAUGCUUUCUAACAUGCAUUCAUUUAAAUAGAAUAAGCCUUAAAAAAUAUCAAGUGUGUGACAGAUCUAUUUUUGAUUUUAUUUCCGUAUUAGACAUACUAUUUUUAUCCUUUACUUUAAAUUAUUUUUCUUCCCCUUAAAGGGAUCAUAGUCUCAAUUGAAUGGCAGUGAUUUUUAUAAGGAAGAGAAGAGACAAUAUGAAAUAUGUAAGUAUUUAGCUUCCAAUUUUUCUCUUAAAAUAAAUUACAUAUUUAUCUGAAAAUUUGUUUAUAGGCAUUUCCUAUAUCUGUGAAUAAAGUUUAAUGUAAGUUUGCUAAUCAAGUUGUCCAGUAAGAAUCUACAGAGUUGCUGCUACUGUUGUCAAACUGAUAUGAAUUAAUACAUCCGGUCCAAUGAUACUUGCUUGGAUGAGUAAAAUAUUUUCUUUUUUUAUAUAAUUUUGAGUAUUUAUUCAACAAUGGAAGUUUUCUGAAAAAUAAGAAAUAUAUUUGUGAAUAAAUAUUUAU